CGUCGCUGCGUGAGUCCGGCCCCCACGAACUGCUGUGCCGCCCGCGAGCUCACACCGGCUUCUCUUCAGCCCCAGCCAGUGCGCUGUGGUCGCCGUCAUGCUCGCCGCUGCCCUCCGUCGCUGUACUGCAGCCGCGGCCGCCCGAGGCCUUCUGCACCCCGUCUCGGCUCCCAGCCCCGCUGCCGCUGUCUGUUCCAUUCGCUGCUAUUCUCAUGGGUCACAUGAGACAGAUGAGGAGUUUGAUGCUCGCUGGGUGACAUACUUCAACAAGCCAGACAUUGAUGCCUGGGAGUUGCGUAAAGGGAUGAAUACACUUGUUGGCUAUGAUCUGGUUCCUGAGCCCAAAAUCAUUGAUGCUGCUUUGCGGGCAUGUAGACGGUUAAAUGAUUUUGCUAGUGCUGUUCGCAUCUUGGAGGUUGUUAAGGACAAAGCAGGACCUCAUAAGGAAAUCUACCCCUAUGUCAUCCAGGAACUUAGACCAACUUUAAAUGAAUUGGGAAUCUCCACUCCAGAGGAACUGGGCCUUGACAAAGUGUAAACUCCCUUCGAUGGGCUUCCCAAAGGACUUAACUGCUAUUGCUACUUGAUUGAAACAGUUGCCUGGAAAUGUUUUAUUUGAACAAAUUUUCCUUUGAGUAUCAAACCAUGUAACUUGGACUUUAAUAAAGGGAAAUGAGUUUGACCCGAAA